UGCCUUCUGCCUGACUCCACUGAUCUAUGUUGAUUUGAGUCACAAGCUUCUCUCAUCACGGGGAAAAUCCAGGAAGUACAAAUUAAUGCUGACUGACAACCUACCCCGCGAAUUAUAUCAGGGCUCUCCCUUGUCCUUUUUGCUCCUCUCUGAACCCCUUCAAGUGUAUAAAGCUUUUAGAAAGCCUUGAACCUCGGGGAGAGGCUUAUAUGUGGGACUGUGAGUGGUGAUGCAGCCAAGCCACACCUUUCUGGUAUGACCUUGCAAACAUAGUCUAAAUUCUUAAUAUAGCACUGGGAGUUCAUUCUUCAGGAGCUGCGCAAGGGAAAAACAGAGGGGUGCAAUUAUGAGGUGUAUGGGUGAAACACAGCUGUGUGCCGAGUGCGGACGCAGCACGGUCCCUCCUUUUGCCUCUGAGCUCGAGCCUGGGAUUGCUGAAGCUGCCUGGGAGAGCUCAGAGGGGAGGAUCGGCUCUGGAGAACAACGAUGUAUAUCUGUAAAGCACAUUAUAGUACAUCAGUGAAGAACGAGCUGCUUGUCCUCAGUAUCUUUAGAGCGUGCCUAAGCAGCUUGGCGCAGUAGGGCUCUGGCUAGCGUUGCUAGAUGCUCUUGCAAUACGAACAAGUGGAAUAUGUCUGUCCCCGACCUGUGCCUUUAAGUAGAUCUGAAGCUAGGAUCCUGGGAGAGUAGCAGCAGGUCCACAGAUUUGGAAAGGAAGCAGUUAAAGCUGCCAGGGAUACCAGGAAAUUGAAUAAACUAGAAGCAGCACUUAAAUCUCAUGAUGACUAGCUCAGACUAUUCAGUACAGACCACAGUUAGGGCCAGUGAACAGUGCUGUAGUGUCUGCAGACUCCCUUCUUCCCCUCCCACCUCCAUUUACAGCACUUUUUAAAAAAAGGAUUGGGCUUGCGACCACAAGCUCAGAGCCAGUGUGCACAGUCUGCCAGCUGGACUGCUGGUCCCACUUUUUUACGUGCCCUUUGAAUAUCUCCGUAGUAAAGAUGUCUCUCGAUCACCACAUGAUGAACAGCUCUAUGUCGCCAACCUUGCAUCCUCCUGAACAUCACCACUCUACAGCAGCCCCAGGGCAUGGUCAUGGAAAUGGGAUGAUGAUGAUGGCAAUGACUUUCCACUUCAGCUAUGAGAACGUGCCACUGCUGUUUUCCGGGCUUACAAUCAAUACUGCUGGAGAAAUGGCUGGUGCCUUUGUGGCUGUCUUCUUCCUAGCCAUGUUUUAUGAAGGCCUAAAGAUUGCCCGAGAGUGUCUGCUCCGUAAAUCCCAGGUCAGCAUUCGCUACAACUCUAUGCCAGUGCCAGGUCCAAACGGCACCAUCUUGAUGGAGACGCAUAAAACUGUUGGACAGCAGAUGCUGAGCUUCCCUCACCUCCUGCAGACUAUACUGCACAUCAUCCAAGUCGUGGUCAGUUACUUCCUUAUGCUGAUCUUCAUGACGUACAAUGGCUACCUCUGCAUAGCUGUGGCAGCAGGGGCAGGGAUGGGUUAUUUCUUCUUCAGCUGGAAAAAGGCAGUUGUUGUGGAUAUCACUGAGCACUGCCAUUAAUACUGGAUGCUGCCCAGGAGCCAUUCCACCUCUCUGCUCUCUUGAAAUGCAGCCGUCAUGAGGACUGGUCAUUCCUAAACUGAAAGAGAAACAAUAUAGUCAAUCCAAGUUCACCAAAAGUUCCUAGCUGGGUUGUAGGGAUGUGAAGAGCUGGGGUACGCUGCUCCCUCAGGCUGCAGGCGGGGGGCUGGGCUGCCUCUUGAGGGUCCUAUGGUAGCCAUUCUUGGCCAGGAUUUGCUUUUUUCUUAGAUUAUGCUGUGAUUGAAAUUAGUUGGCUGACAGAAAUGUAGAGGUUAUUCUUUUUUUAAAAAAAAACCCACAUUUUAUUUUUAAAUUGUAAAUGUUUAUCUGUGAGGGUUUUAUGAACAGUAGGUAAAGGUCAAAGUUGCCAAUGGAGCCUGUGUGUGCAAGUGGCUAUUUUAAUUUUUUUUAACGUGUACAUAAUGCCAGGGGAGACCUCCCUGGCGUUGUGGCUUUUGGGGCCAAUGGCACCUUCUAAUUCAGUUCUGAGAACAGAGUUCCACAAGAUGCAGCCUCUGGGGAAGACUUGGUGCCACACAUGAGACAGGCUCAGGUCUGUCCUGGCAAGUGAGCAUCCUGACAUGAGUAUGUGAGCCCUGUACUUCUGGGGGUCUGGAGGGUCUGUCCUCCAAGCCCAUCAGAGUAUGAGGAGUGUUGUUAGUUUUCUGACGUAUCCAGCAGCAUUAUUCAGCUUUAAGUGCUAAUAUUUCAGUAUGGCUGCUUUCACUUCCUGAUCGUGGGAA